UAUUUUUUCUACAAAAAAAAAAUUAUUUAUAAGCAAAAUGUGAUUUAUUUGUUUAAAGAAAAUAUUGAGAAUUAAACUAUUGAAAAACACAAUUUGCAAAUUAGUUAUUAAGUGCUGAAUUGAAAUAGUUUAGAGAAAUCUUAGAUUGAAAACCGCCUAAAAUAUAUAUAUUUUUUUUUAUAACACGGCAAAUUAGAAAAAUUGUGAUUUUGUGUGUGUGUAAGCACUUGCAAAGCAAAGAAAAAGCAGAGCAAAGCAGACAGUGUCAAAACUCCAAAACAAGCUAUGGAACAGGACUCCACUGAAAUGCAUCUAAGUAGAAUACGUGAUGUCAAAGAAUUGGCUGUUCUAAGUGAUGAAGCGCGUGACGUUGUUAAGGAAGAAGUCAUACUUGAAAGUUCCGGCCAUCAGCUGGAAACCAAAGUGCAUAUGGUAACAUCAUCAAAUGAAAACAGUGGUGGCAGCGGUGGCAAUGUCGUUUCCGUACCCGUUUCCCUGCCCAUAGGUUCCAUGAUUGCCGGGACCGCUUUCAAUGUCAUCUCACCCGAUCAUUUACCGCAUUUCAAACAGAUGCUGUGCGUCGACAACAAUGGUUAUAUUUCCAGCGGUGCGGUGGUGAGCAGUGUUGGCGGUGACCUCAAAACGAUUGUCAUACAACAGCAACAGCAAGGUGAUUCGGGUGGCAUGAAUCACGACGGCUCCGGCAGCAACAACAGUCAUGACAGCACCGUUACCGGUGAUCAAAUGAUGCACGGGUCCGGCUGUGGCUCGGCGUCCGGUGUCAGUUGGUCUGAAACGUCUCAGAUGGAAAUAUUUCCCAUACGCUGCAAGACCACCAGUGCCGAGCUGUAUCGCAGUAAGUUGGGCUCGGGUGGUCGUGGUCGCUGUGUUAAGUACAAAGACAAAUGGCUGACGCCUAGCGAAUUUGAACAGACUUGCGGUCGUGGCUCGAGUAAGGAUUGGAAACGUUCCAUAAAAUAUGGUGGAAAAUCGCUGCAGUCUCUAAUCGAUGAGGGCACACUGACACCGCAUGCCACCAAUUGCAGCUGUACAGUUUGUUGUGACGACGAAGCGGCAUCCGGACCCGUACGUCUCUUUACACCAUAUAAACGUCGAAAGCGAAAUCAAACAGAUAAUGAUGGUGAAACCGGUGGUCCAAAACGUAAACGUAAUACUAACAAUAACAACAAUAAUAAUAAUAACAACAACAAUAUUAUGAAUAACACGGAACCACCACAGCAUACCACAACGGUGGUAGAUGAUAAUAAUAUGUUUUUAACGGAAGAUAACAUUACCUCCAAGGAUGAACCGUGGCCAACACUUAACGACAGCCUCGACACGUCAACAGAGCUAGUAGAUCAAACACAAAUAUGUAAUGCAUACGAUAGAGAAACAUUUGUAGUGAAUAUAAAUGAUCCGGGGCCAAUUGCAUUGUUAGACAACAGUCAGACAAUGAAAACACUCGAGAAUGUUUAUUGCACAAUGGUCAAAGCCACUAAUGAUUUUAAGCGCAUUCUAACCGAUCUAAAGAAUACGUACGAUCGCAAAAUCGAAAUAUUACAGAAGGAACGCGAUGCGGCUGUGGCAGCAAUGCGCGUACAAGUACACACAGACAUUGAUGAUCCGAAUAUAUCGGGUGCAUUACAUGGCAACGAAGUUAUAUCAGCUAAAAAGUGCGCUAAUUGUAAUCGUGAAGCAUUGGCUGAAUGUUCAUUAUGCCGAAAGACUCCCUAUUGUUCCGAAUUUUGUCAACGAAAGGAUUGGAAUGCCCAUCAAGUUGAAUGUACAAGAAAUCCAGCCCCGGCUGCAACCCAACAAAUUAUGCUCCUAGUAGACGAGCAAUCCUAAAUGAAUUAAAAUUGUACAUAAAAACAAAAAAAAAAAAACAAAAAACCAGCAACAGAUAAACAAUUUAACAAACAUUAAAACAAUACAAACAAAAAAAAAACAAAAUUAAAUUUUAAAUAACUUUAUACGUUUGAGUAAAACAAAAAUCAACAAUUAGCAUUAAUCGUAAACAAAAAACAAAAUAAAAACAAAAAACCAACCACAGCAGCAGAACAGUAAACUUUUUAAACUUAAAUAAAACUCAUCAUCUAAAAUGUCUAAACUAUUCUACGCUUUUUUUCCUCCAAACAAAAAAAGAAGUACGAAUGGCCACAAAUUAUUCAAAAUUUUACAGGAAAAACAAUAAAAUACAUAGAUACAACAACAAACAUACAGCUAAAUAAAAUUUAAAUACUACAACGGAAAAGUUAAAUAAAAUAUUCAAAAUAAAGCCAACAACCACACAUACACACUAACAAACCAACAACAUUGUCAGCAACAACAAACAGAAUAAUCAAGAAGACCGGACCGCAAAAUAAAUAUAAAAACAAUUCAAUUUAAAGAAAAAAAAAACUAAAAUUAAAUUUAAAAAAAAAAUAAGAAAAAACAAAAAAGCCCUGCAUAAAAUUUACAUACAUACAUAUUCUCUAUGUAUACAUCUUUUUUUCAUUAGAAUUUAAGCACAUAGUUAAACUUUUAACAUUUUAUUAUUAUUUUAUGGAUAAUAUUAAUAAAAACGAAACAAAAACAAAACAAACAAAA